AUGAAAUUUCUUAAGUUUCGCAUCCCUUCAUACAAACGUAAGCAACAGUCCCUCCAAAUGAAGGAACUCAGAGGAUCGAGUGCUUCACCAUUUUACUUUUCACCGGUUCGUUCGCUCCCAUCAGGUGUUUGGCACGACUUACCAAAGCAACAGCUGCUGGUGCAGCCGGCCCGUUCGGCAUCGGAACAUUUCGGAUCGGUAUAUCACGAAGCUGCUUUACCAGCCGAUCAACAAACGGUACUGUUUGAUGUUGUCCAGGAGACUUCGGAUUUGGAGACCGCACGGCUUUAUCAAACAACGUCAGUACAUUCAACACAUUCCGAGUCUGAUACUCUUGCUUUGCUUCCUUGUGAGCAGAAUCUAGCUCGGAAACCCUCGGCUCCGUCAGCAAAGAGCAUACCGGAAGUGCAUGACUCGUUUACUAUGAGCAGGACACCACCAACAAGUGCUAGAUCUCAGAGUUAUCAAUCCGUGUCAAGUUAUCAUCCAGCGUUUAAAUCUGAAAAUACAGUGCGAACGCGAGGAUCUUCACUUCGGAUGGAGUCGUUGCGUGCCAUCAGUCCGCAUCCACAUAAAUUUCUCCCGAAUGUUUUACACUGGCCGAAUGACGAGUUCGACGAAUACGAUGCAGAACGUCAAGUAAGUUAUAACUUUAUAAAUUUCAUCAAGUUAUAG